AUGGGAUUGCAGAUUUAUCAGAACAAGGUCUAUGUUAUCUAUAGAGGCCGUGUAGACCAGCCAACUAUCUAUUCUUCUUGGGGUCAUGCACACCCUAAGGUGACAGGUUUCGAUGGUGCAGACUUUCGAUCAUUUGAACGACUGGAAGAUGCACAGAACUCCUUGAAGGAAAAGGGAAUAGAGGAUUACAAGACGUUUCUCAAACCCGCAAAAAGCUCACCCAGUCAAAAAUCUCGUCAAAAAUAUUAUGCUGUUGCGUAUGGCACGAAAGUUGGCGUGUUCAGGGACUGGAAGUAA